AUCGGCGGUAGGCAGCUAGCGUAUACCUUUCAUUUGAAAGUUUUUUCAAUCCAUAGUGUUAUUAUUGAUUGUUUCCAAUGUUGAUUGACAUUCGAACGCAUCGGCUUGUACGGAUUUCUCACCUUUUUCCAAAUUUAGCGAUCAGUCGGCCAAUUUUUUAAGCAGAUUUACCAUCUGUUUUUUUUUUAUGUAAUUGCACUUUUACCCCAUUCACAUAACACGAAAUAAUCCGAGAAUUUCCGAUCAUCUGCGAUGAAAAAGAGAGGUUAGAGGAACAAAAACAAAAACAUGCCUGUCGAGUGCUCCUCAAAGUGCGGAAAAAAUGCCAUUCUCAAGAGACCGAAGACUGGCGAUGCCCUGUGCAAGGAGUGCUUCUUCUAUGCCUUCGAGACAGAGAUUCAUCACACAAUUGUCAAGGGAAGAUUAUUUAAACCGGGGAAUAAAGUGGCCAUUGGAGCAUCUGGGGGGAAGGACUCGACAGUUCUUGCUUAUGUCCUCAAAUUGCUGAACGACAGGUAUAAUUAUGGCCUGGAUUUAUUCUUAUUGUCUAUCGACGAAGGAAUCACUGGAUACAGAGACGACAGUUUGAAGACGGUAGAGCAGAACAGGGAUGACUACCAAAUGCCCUUAAAAAUUCUAUCGUAUAAGGAUUUGUACGGAUGGACGAUGGAUGAAAUUGUCGCCCAGAUUGGUAGGAAAAAUAACUGCACCUUCUGUGGGGUAUUCAGGAGACAGGCACUGGAUAGGGGCGCCCAGCUCCUCAACGUGGACUGCAUUGCCACUGGCCAUAAUGCUGAUGACAUAGCCGAGACGGUCCUGAUGAACAUCCUGAGGGGAGAUAUUGCAAGACUCUCCAGGUGCACUUCGAUAAUAACUUCCGGCGCAGACACGAUAAUGCGCUGCAAGCCCCUGAAAUACACCUACGAAAAGGAAAUAGUGAUGUACGCGUACUUCAAGAAACUCGUGUACUUCUCAACGGAGUGUGUCUUCGCCCCGAAUGCGUACCGAGGGCACGCGAGGACUUUCCUGAAGGAUCUGGAGAAGAUCCGACCGUCUUCGAUCAUCGACAUCAUUCACUCCGGGGAGAGGAUGGUCGUCGACACCGAGGGUGUGAAGAUGCCGGUGAGGAGGAACUGCAGUCGUUGUGGAUUCGUCUCCAGUCAGGAGAUCUGCAAGGCUUGCAUUUUAUUAGAGGGUCUCAACAGGGGACUUCCCAAGCUGGGGAUCGGAAAGUCGCAGAAGGCUCUGCAAAUCGCCACCUCCAAUAUUUCUCCUGAUUUAAUUUAAGGGUGCCAAGUGAAUUUGGCGAUGACCUUGAAAAUUGACAUUCACCAACAAAGUUAUAAUUUUUUAAA